AUGGAUGAAAAAGUCAAGGAACUUGAAGACGACGAAGAAGAGAAAGAAGAAAAAGAGGAAGGACGAAAAGAACAAACGAUUGAAAAUAAAUCAGAAUAUUCUAAUGAAAUUCAAAAAGUUCCACACAGUAUCCUUGAUGAUUAUGAUUUAAGAGGUUUUAAACGGUUUUCUUAUUUAUUCCAUCAUCAACCAAGUACUGAAACCGAUAGUUUUGAAAUGUUUCAAUCGGUUAGUUCAACAAAAUUUCUUGAAAAUCUAGAUGAUUUUAAACAUUCCACAAGUGGUAGUUGGAAAUCAGUCAUAUCAAGUUUUGAAGAUGUAAAUACAACGAAUAACAGUAAUAACCAUAAAAAUAAUCAUCAUCCAAUCCCUGAAGCAUCUUCAUAUUCAUCAAAACCUAUGGAGAUGAAAUCAAACAUUGUUAACUCUUCACAUACUUCAAUGAAUGCUCAACCUAAACAAGAACCUCAAAUGAAUGACUUACAAAACGUCAAGGAACAUCUUGACGAUUCAUUCAAAUCUCCAAGUAAUACAUCAAAAGAUAAUAGUUCCAGAAUAAGUUAUCCUGAUGUAACAAUGCAUAAAACUGAUUCAUUAGAUAAUGUAACACGUAGAUUUGAAGUAAGAAAACAUUCAAAAUCAUCACUCUUAUCCAAUAACCAAUUUAGACGAACAAAGUUUCUUAAACAGAAAUAUGCUGAUCCAAAUAACAAUCAUAAUGAUGAUCAUGAUCAUGAUUCAACAGAUGGGAUUCCUAGAUCAUCAUCAAAGUUGAAACGGACUGCUACAGAACAUAUAACUAAUCGAUAUAAAUAUCAUGAUCUAACUGAAUCAUCUUUAAUACAUCAUCCAAAUGAUAAUAUUCCAGUUAAUCCUAUAAUGAUACGUCGUAAAUCAACAAUUCAUUGUUUAUAUCCAAGACAUUAUAGUGAUACAAUGAAACAAGAUGAAUGUUUAAAUACUCAAACUAUGGCAUACGAAGAUGUUCAUAAGAAUGAUAAGAUAUCUAUGAUGGGUAUAAUGAAUACGAAUAGUAGUCAUAGUAACAAUAUCCCUGAAUUUGAUACCCAUCUAAAUGAAUAUCGGUUAAGUGAAGAUUUAAAAUCAUCAUUUGAAAAAGAAGAUGAAAUGAAAGCAGAUAAUCUAUUAGAACGUGAAGCCCAUAUUGGUGCAUUAGCAUUAGCAUGGGCAUCAGGAACGCAUAAAUCAAAGAAAUCACCAUAUGAUAAAUAUUCAUUGAAUAGGGAGAUAUCGGAUAGAGUACCAGUGAAAUUACGACAACAUAAUAAUAAUAAUAAUAAUAAUAAUAAUAAUAAUAAUAAUAAUAAUUAUAAUUAUAAUCAUCAUCAUAGUAGAUCAACUGUAAUUAGUCCGGAUAAUUUUAGAUUUAAUAAUUAUACUACUAAUAAUAAUAUGAGUAGUAAAAAUAGAAUGACUAUAUCAACAUUACGAGAGCUAAGUACAUCAAUUUUUACACCAUCAAAAAGAAAUUUGAUAACCAGUUCUAUCCAUCAUCAAAAUGCUACUCAUCGACAUAAAGCAUGUUAUCCAAUUGAUGAAACUGAUAGACUUCAUCAUGAUGAAAAGAAUAUUCCUAUCACUACCAUUACCACUACUACUCAAAAUAAUAAUAGUAGUAUUAGUAGUAGUCAUAAAAAUAAAACUGAUUAUCAUUUAAUACCUCAAAGUAUUAAACAUGCAAUUAUUCGGAAUACAGCAAAAAUUGCCAUCUCACCAAUUUUACAUACUAAUGAAGAGAAUGACAAUGAUGAGCAUUUACAUACAUUCAAACCAUCCAAUGAACAUUCUUAUGAUUCAAUAGAAUCAGAUCAAUUAGAACAAUUCAAUCGAAAAGAUGAUCAUCUAAAUGAAUCUCAUCCCACUGAAGAACCGCCACCUUAUAGACAACAACAUCAGCAAAGUGAAGAACUACGUAAACUAGUCGAUAAUGAAUCUCAACUGAUAUUACAUAGUCAAAAAUCUUCAUUACAAUCCGAGCAAAUACAUGAUAUUAAUGGAAUAUUUGAAACAAAUGAUAAUGAUGAAACUAAUCGACCAAUUGGUAUACGGGCAAAAAUACGUCGUAAUGCAGAAGAUUUACGUUCAUUAUAUGGUACUAGUGGUCCACUUGGUUCAGUUCAACCACAAAUGAAUUAUAGAUCGUCAAGUCGUGGAAUUGGUUGGCGUUUACAUUGGCGUAAAAUAUUUAAUGAACGUCGUAGAAAAUUAGCUGAUUAUUCAUUAUUUUUUGCUGUAAUGGGUAUACUAUUAAUGGUAUUUGAAUUGGAAAUGAUUAUGGCUAAAGUAUAUUUAAGGACAUCAAUCUAUUCUAUAUUGAUAAAAUCAUUGAUCAGUGCAUCAACUCUUAUUCUAGUUGGUCUUACAUUAGUCUAUCAUGCUGUUGAUGUACAAUUAUUUUGUAUUAAUAAUUGUAUUGAAGAUUGGCGUAUAGCAAUGAAUUGUAGAAAAAUUUCAUUAACAUUAAUUGAAGUAUUCAUUUGUCUUAUACAUCCACCACCAAUACUAUCUAAUUAUAAUAUAUAUUCUUAUAGAAAUUCCUAUUAUACUUCAUCAACAUUAGAAAGUUUCAAAUAUACCAAUGAUCAUGAUGUUGAUGAUCCCGCUGAUCAAGAAUCUUUAUCAUCAGCUAGUAGGAUCACAAUGAAGUCGUACUAUGAUAGACCAAUGACUACAUUAUUGUAUGAUUCUCUAUUACGUAAUCAUACACAAAGAUUAAAUGAGUAUUUACCAUUUACAAAUGUACCAUAUAUAAAUUAUCACCAUAGUGAUGAUAUUCAUUAUGAUGAUAAACCUGUACCUAUAAUCAUCUUAGAAUUGAUCUUUUCAGUUCCAAUGUUUUUAAGAUUAUAUUUAAUAUUUCGUGUAUUAUUAUUACAUUCAACUAUGUUUACUGAUGCGGGUUCACGUAGUAUAGGUGCAUUAAAUCGUGUAAAAAUUAAUGUUAGAUUUGUAUUAAAAACAUUAGCUACAAUAUGUCCCGGUACUAUGUUAUUAAUAUUUAUAUUAUCUAUGUGGAUUGUAACAAGUUGGAUUAUGCGUGUAUGUGAAAGAGAACAAAAUAAAGAAUAUGAGAAACUUUUAAAUUCAAUGUGGUUAAUUGCUGUUACAUUUUUAAGUAUUGGCUAUGGUGAUAUGGUGCCAAAUACAAACUGUGGUAGAGCAAUAUCAGUACUAGCUGGUGUUAUGGGUUCUGCAUGUACAGCAUUAGUUGUUGCAGUUGUUGCACGUAAAUUAGAAUUAACAAGAGCUGAAAAACAUGUACACAAUUUUAUGCAAGAUAAUAAAUUCUAUAAAAAUCUUCGACAUUCAGCUGCUAAUGUUUUACGUGAAACUUGGUUAUUUUAUAAAUAUACAAGACUAGUAAAACGUGUUAAACCAGGUCGUGUAAGAAGACAUCAAAGAAAAUUUUUAACAGCAAUAAGUAGAUUAAGAAAAGCAAAAGAUAAUCAACGUAAACUGAAAGAAGAUGCUAAUUCUAUGGUGGAUUUAGCGAAACUACAAACUAGUAUAUAUGAAACUGUAAAUCAUAUUCGAGCUGAUCAGACAAUUUUUGUUCAACGUUUGGUCGGCGUUGAAAAAUGCAUGUCAUCAAUUCAGUCUUAUAUAAAUCAAAUGUCUGAUACAUUCACAGGAAUAAUUGAAACAUUUGGAACUUGUAAUAACAUAGUAACUAUACCAUUAGAAGAUGAAACAACAUCAUCUAAUAUGAAUGUAACUACAUAAAUAAAUCACUGAUAGAGGUAAUUCAAUAUACGUUACUUAUGACAUUUCACUAUUCAAUAUGUAUAAUUCAACAUGUAAGAUAUGGUAAUAUACAUACAUACAAAAUCAUCAUCUAUGAACUAGAUCAUUUGUAUAUACAUAGUAAUAUUGGAUCUUAAAAGUAAACAAUCAUGAAAGAUCUUAACUGUUUAAUCAAUUGCCUUCUUAUUUACCUAUUUUGUAAUUUGUAACCAUGCCAAUUAAAUUUAUGGAAAUAAUUUAUCACCUCUCAACACCCCCUCCUUCCAGUCCACCCCCCAUUGAAAUGAAUUAAUUUCAACUAUUUUUUAUAAUAUGUAAUAAUUUAUUUUUAAAUUUAACACUUCUCUUUUUUUUUCUUUUCUCUUUUUUCGAUAUCCUUUAUUGAUUAUCUUUAAAGAAAAGAAAAUAAGAUUAACAGAGUAACUAUAGUAUUUGGUUACCAGCUUAGUAACUAAUACUUUCCUUUAUGAUACUAAUUUAGUAAAUGAUUCAAUGGUUCAAUAUUAUUAAAUUGAAUUCUUAUCUUCUUUCUUUUUUACAUUCUUAAUUUUUGUUUAAAUUCUUCAAUAACCAUAGCAACAAAGCAACUUAAUAAGUCCGUAUCAUUUUGAAAUCAUAAUAUUUAGAGAAAUAUUGUUUGUUUUUUUCUUUCUUUUGUUUUUUCUUUUUUCGCUUCUUGUGUAUAUACGAAAACAAAAAAAAAGAAAGAUGAAAAAAUAAACGAUUAGAUUUUGAAAAACUUACAAAAGUACACUUUCCUCAAAUGACUUGAUAUUACCGAUGGGUGGAGAGAAUAAGCUCUCCUUCUCGAAAUGCUCUCAC